AUGUUUGAACCAGGUUUGGGUAAAGUUAAGGGAUUCUCUCAUAAAAUCCGUGAGAAACCUGACGCUGUUCCAGUUCAAGCUGCGUUACGUGCGAUACCGUUUGCUAUUCGGGAGGAAGUUCACAAGGAAUUGGAUCGUUGGGAAAAGGAUGACAUAGUUGAGAAGAUCGAUGCUUCAGAGUGGGUUUCCCCACUUGUUGUCGUUCGUAAGAAAACUGGUAAUAUUCGUCUUUGCGUUGACAUGCGUGCGCCAAAUAAGGAGAUUGUCGUUGACAAGUUUCCUAUUCCCAGCAUUGAUGAAUUACUCGGUGAAUUACGCGGUGCAAAAUACUUUGCUCGUCCAGAUCUAGCCAAUGCUUACCACCAACUUGAACUUAAUGAGGAAAGUCGUGACCUCACAUGCUUUCUGACUCACCAAGUCCUUUACCGUUUCAGGCGCGUUCCAUUUGGGCUUGCGUCCGCGCCCAGUGCUUUUCAGAAAAUGAUGAAGAUCGCCUUACAAGGACUUGAAGGUCUACAGUCGUACUUCGAUGACUUAGUAGUCUACGGCCGUACGUGGGAAGAAUAUCGCAGGAACUUGAAAGCUGUUCUUCGCCGAUUAAGUGAACUAGGAAUCAAGCUCAACCCGGCUAAGUGCGAGUUUGAUUUAACGGAGAUGGAAUUCCUAGGUCACAUGGUUACACCGGAAGGUAUCAAACCUGCUCCUUCCAAUACCCGUGCAAUUCUGGACGCUCCUCCACCUAAGGAUGCCACAACGUUGAAGUCGUUUUUAGGACUUGUUGGAUUCUAUAGUAAAUUCUGCCCUGGCUUUGCUUCCAAAGUAGAGCCAAUGUGCAAGUUGCUUCGUGGAGAUCAGACGUUUGAAUGGUCUGAGGACUGCCAGACUAGUUUCAAAUGUAUCAAGGAGGAUAUUGGGAACCAUAUCACUCUGACCUUGUUUGAUCCUGAUCUGGACAUUGUUGUUACAACAGAUGCUAGUGGUUAUGGACUCGGUGCCUACAUGAGUCAAUACAAGAAUGGUCUUGAACGUAUUGUUACGUGUGCGUCACGUACGUUGACUGAUUCUGAACGUAAAUAUGCAGUGGGAGAACGUGAAGCCCUUGCCUGUGUUUGGGCUUGUGAGAAAUGGCAUACAUACCUAUGGGGUAGACAUUUCACUUUGCGUACUGAUCAUCAGACCCUUACAACGCUCCUGUCAUCCAAAGGUAAUGGUCAUAAGCCGAUGCGUAUCGCUCGUUGGAAUGCUCGACUCUUACAGUACAAUUACACAGUUGAGUAUGAACCAGGUCGUGACGUUUGCUUUGCAGAUGCUCUCUCUAGAUUGCCACUAGAAGAUACUACUGGUUUCGAUAUUGAGGAUGAAGCCAUUUGUUUGAAAUUCGAGGAUGAUACUGCGUGUGUUACUCUCGCUGAAAUAACUACUGCUACCAAUGAGGAUAAAACCUUGCAAAAGGCAAUACGUUACACUGUGAAUGGUUGGCCAGAUAAACUGGAUGCUGUGGACAAAGCUGUCUAUGGUUUGUUCAGAUUCCGAAAGGAGUUGUCUGUUUACAAGCAAAACCUGUUGCGUGGAGAUCGCGUUGUCGUACCGAAAGCGCUUACCGCACGAAUCAUAGAAAUUGCACACCAAUGCCAUCAGGGGAUUGUUCGUACUAAGCAACGUUUACGUGGACUAUACUGGUGGAAUGGUAUGGAUAUACAAGUGGAACAAGCGAUCCACACGUGUACCACUUGUCAGAUGAAUGAUAAAACUGCGUCUACUAGGCCUGCACCGAUGCAGCCUGUUUCACUACCCAAUAAACCAUGGGAAAAACUUUCGAUGGACAUUGUAGGUCCGAAUGAUUGUGCACCACACUCAGAAAGGUUUGCUAUCACUGUGCAUGAUUACUUCAGUAAAUGGCCCGAAGCUGCACUUGUACCACGUGUUACCACUGACGUUGUCAUUUCAUUCCUUCAAGGAAUAUUUUCACGUGAAGGAUACCCUCAAGAGAUUGUUACCGAUCAUGGACCUCAGUUUGUGUCACAUGUUUUUGAAGACUUCUGUGUGAGGAGAAAUAUCCGUCAUACUACUUCAGCUAUCUACCAUCCACAAGCUAAUGGUGCAGUUGAACGUUUCAAUCAGACUUUAGGAAAUACUAUUCAGCUUGCUACCAAAGAGAGAAAAUCUCCUACCCUUGCUGUUCGUGAAUCAUUAUGUGUAUACCGUGCUACACCUCAUGCGACGACGGGAGUUUCACCGUCUGAACUCCUUCAUGGUCGGCGUAUGGUAACAUGA